AUGGAUGAUGAUAGCAAUGCUCCAAAAAAAGGCAGUGAGAGGAAUAAGAAAAAAGCUAUUUUUUCAAAUGACGAUUUUUCGGGGGAAGACAGUUUAAUGGAGGAUCAUCUGCAACUGCAGGAGAAACUAGCAGAAGAUAUUGAAAUGAUAAAAACUUCCCUAAAAAACAAUUUAGUAUGUAGCACACUAAAUGAUAGUGAGAUAUUAACUCUGUCUAAUUAUAUGCAAUUUUUUGUUUUUAAAAAUGGCGAUUUGGUUAUAAAACAAGGAGAAAAGGGAUCUUAUUUCUUCAUCGUAAAUAGCGGAAAGUUUGACGUGUAUGUAAACGACAAGAAGGUGAAAACAAUGAGUAAAGGAUGUUCAUUUGGUGAAGCAGCUUUAAUACACAAUACGCAAAGAAGUGCUACAAUAAUUGCAGAUACAGAUGGAACAUUAUGGGGUGUACAAAGAAGUACCUUUAGAGCUACAUUAAAACAAUUAUCGAAUAGAAAUUUUAAUGAAAAUAGAAGCUUUAUAGACUCUGUCUCAGUUUUCGAUAUGUUAACAGAGUCGCAGAAAAAUAUGAUUACGAAUGCAUGUGUUAUUCAAAAUUUCAAGCCUGGUGAAAUAAUUGUUAAACAAGGAGAUUAUGGGGAUGUUUUAUAUAUAAUGAAAGAAGGUAAAGCUACCGUUUAUAUUAAUGAUAAAGAGAUAAGAAUUCUUGACAAAGGAUCCUACUUUGGGGAACGGGCACUGUUGUAUGAUGAGCCAAGAAGCGCGACGAUCAUUGCAAAAGAACCCACUGCUUGUGCAUCUAUUUGUAGAAAACUACUAAAUAUUGUUCUAGGAAAUUUACAAGUGGUUCUAUUUCGAAACAUAAUGACGGAAGCAUUACAGCAAAGUGAUAUUUUUAAACAAUUCAGCUCCGAACAGUUAAACGAUUUAGCUGAUACGGCAAUUGUGAGGGAUUAUCCAGAGAACUAUUACAUAUUACAUAAAGACAAAAUAAAAUCAGUUAAGUAUAUUAUCGUUUUAGAAGGAAAGGUAGAACUGUUUUUAGAUGAUGAGUCUAUAGGAAUAUUGACAAGGGGUAAAUCCUUUGGCGAUCAGUAUGUGUUAAAUCAAAAACAGAAAUUUAAGCAUACAAUAAAAUCGUUAGAAAUAUGCAAAAUAGCAUUAAUAACAGAAUCUUGUCUAGCUGACUGUUUAGGAAACAAUAACAUAGAUGCAUCUAUAGAUUAUAAUAAUAAAAAAAGCAUAAUAAAAAAAAUGUAUAUAUUUCGAUAUUUAACGGAAAAACAAUGUAAUCUAUUAAUUGAAGCAUUUCGAACGACGAGAUAUGAAGAAGGCGAUUAUAUAAUUCAAGAAGGGGAAGUGGGUUCAAGAUUUUAUAUUAUAAAAAAUGGAGAAGUCGAAAUAGUAAAAAAUAAUAAAAGAUUAAGGACAUUAGGAAAAAAUGAUUAUUUUGGUGAACGUGCAUUAUUAUAUGAUGAACCUAGAACUGCAUCGGUUAUUAGUAAAGUAAAUAAUGUUGAGUGUUGGUUUGUUGAUAAGAGUGUUUUCUUACAAAUUAUCCAAGGUCCUAUGUUGACACAUUUAGAAGAAAGAAUAAAAAUGCAAGAUACUAAAGUGGAAAUGGAAGAUUUAGAAACAGAACGAAUUAUUGGUAGAGGUACAUUCGGUACUGUUAAAUUAGUGCACCAUAUACCAACCAAAAUUAGAUAUGCAUUAAAGUGUGUUAGUAAGAGAAGUAUUAUAAAUUUAAAUCAACAAAAUAAUAUAAAAUUAGAAAGAGAAAUAACCGCAGAAAAUGAUCAUCCAUUUAUUAUUCGUUUGGUUAGAACUUUUAAAGAUUCAAAAUAUUUUUAUUUCCUUACAGAACUAGUAACAGGAGGUGAGUUAUAUGAAGCUAUUAGAAAGUUAGGUCUAUUAACGAUACCACAAGCACAGUUUUAUUUAGGAUCGAUCAUAUUAGCUAUAGAAUAUCUACAUGAAAGAAAUAUAGUCUAUAGAGAUUUAAAACCAGAAAACAUUUUGUUAGAUAAACAAGGCUAUGUAAAAUUAAUUGAUUUUGGAUGUGCUAAAAAAAUACAAGGUAGAGCAUAUACAUUAGUUGGUACUCCUCACUACAUGGCACCUGAAGUUAUAUUAGGAAAAGGAUAUGGUUGUACUGUUGAUAUCUGGGCUUUAGGAGUAUGUUUAUAUGAAUUUAUAUGUGGACCAUUACCAUUCGGAAAUGAUGAAGAAGAUCAAUUAGAAAUCUUUCGUGAUAUAUUAACAGGACAACUCACUUUUCCUGAUUAUGUUAUAGACAAAGAUAGUAUUAACUUGAUGAAAAGAUUGUUAUGUAGAUUACCUCAAGGAAGAAUUGGUUGUUCUAUUAAUGGAUUUAAAGAUAUUAAAGAACAUGCUUUUUUUUCGACUUUUAACUGGGAUAAGCUAGCAGGCCGUCUUCUUGAUCCUCCUUUGGUUUCAAAGACAGAAACUUAUGCAGAGGAUAUUGACGUUAAGCAAAUUGAAAAGGAGGGAGCCUUGGAUGAAGAGGAAUCCUUCAACGAUGACGAUACAUGGGACAUCGACUUCUGA